AUGCCGGAUCAAUGGUCAAUGAUUUAUAUUACUGGCGGGAUGCACAGAGAAAAGAAAAAGGAACGAUUCCUUAUCCCUUCUUCGAGACUAAUCAAGAAAAUCAAGCAAGCGUUAUCAAUUCCCGUUAUGGCGAAAACUAGGGUUGGCCAUUUCGUCGAGGCGCAGAUCCUGGAGUCGAUCGGCUCCGAUUACAUCGACGAGAGCGAGACCCUAGCCGUCGCCGGCGAGGACCAUUUCAUCAACAAGCAAAAUUUCGGCGCCGCGUUCGUCUGCGAUUAUCGGGAUCUGGGCGAGGCUCUGAGGAGGAUUAAAGCGCCUUAUGAUAUUGUAGCCCAAACUAAGCAAAUGGGCCGCUUGCCGGUGGUCCAUUUUGCCGCCGGUGGAAUUGUGACGCCGGCGGAUGCUGCACUUGUGAUGCAAUUGGGCUGUGAUGGGGUUUUCUUGGGCCCGGAGGUUUUUUUUACAGUUGUGAAGGUGUGUGAGGUGUAA